AUGAGUAACCGCAGCAGAGCAGACACGACAGGCUGCGUUGCGAGCUGGGUCCUCCAGUUUGCUGUUGCAGAGAGUCACGGUAAACACAACUAUUUCGCUGAGUUCGCGCCUUGCGUGGAAAAGUCCGCGACGGAUCGAAGUUCCGCACAAGUGAGCGCCCAGUGGCAAGCUCGGCAUACGGCAGGUGUCGGCGGACAUAACGAGCAAAGAUUUUUGUUAGCAACCUGUGGAGGGCCAGGCGCACGAGUAUACGCUGCACCCACGGGUGAACCCGCUGUUCAAGAUCUUCAGUUGCUCGUUUCAUAUGCAAGUUCUCUUCCAAGAGCUGAUACUGACGAGUGUUUCUGUUGUACGUGGGCAUUCGAGGAAGCGACCAGCGACGUUCUCCUGUGUUUGGGGUAUGAAAGCGGUAUCAUUCGGGUCGUACAUUUAUCCAACGAUUCUCUGUGUCACACGUUGCUGGGUCACAGCGGGGCGGUGCACUGCCUCCGGUCCUGUCCGAAACGGCCUUCGUGGCUGCUGUCGGCGAGCAAGGAUGAAUCGCUGCGCCUUUGGGACUUGGGGACCGGAAAUUGCUUUGCAAUUUUUUGCGGACUACAAGGGCAUCGUGGAGAAGUUCUUUUUUGCGACUGGCAUCGCAGUGGCGAAAAGUUUGUCUCUUGUGGAAUGGACGGCACAGUGCGGGUAUGGAAUAUUGACGCGAAAGUGUUGCAGUCAUUCGAAAUGCAGAGAAGAAGAGCUUGCGUUGCGGAGCGCGCUGGAGAGGGCGCCAGGCAUUCCGCUGCACUGCCGAAAUUUCCGAGCAGUGCGCCCCAAAAAGUCACAGAUCCGACGCCACAAAAAGUGCUCUUCCGUGGAAUACCAGGGGAAGUUGAGACUCCUGUGGCACCUCCUCAUCCAUCGAAGCGUCAUCGUAGAAGAAGGAAUGCUGUUGGUGUUGCACAAGCAGCGCCCCAAACGCUCGAUGUGCCCAGAAAUCUGGCAUGCCCGUCAAGGGAAAAUGCGAGCCCCUACGAGACUGAGCGCACCAGUUCUCCAGCCACAACGCCAAAGAAGAUACCGAGCCCACGGCGCCCGAGUGCCUUGCGCCAUUUCAAUCGGAGCCCGGAAACGAGUGCAGCUGCAGACUUGGAACGUAUCCCAUAUACGACCGCGCCAUUGGUUGAUGGCGUUACGCUGGAUGCCCCUGCACGGGGCGUACCUCCUCCGAUGACUCUCGGCGAUGAUGCGGUGCGACAAGCCGCAGGUUCGCGCACCCGCCGCUAUGUCGAGUUUGUUCAGUUUCCAGACCAGGUGUUCCGCUUUGUUCACGGGAACUAUGUAGACUGCGUCGCCUAUGUCGGGGAUUUGAUUCUAUCCAAGUCGGUACAUAGCAAGAUUGUGCUCUGGGCUCCUGGUAUGGAUGAUCGCGGUUUGCUUCCAUCAUCGAGCGAGCACCGCGUUCUUAUUGAGUACCGAUAUCGAGGCGGUGAUCUCUGGUAUAUUCGAUUUGCGGUGGACCCCAUGCAAACUUUGCUUGCCGUAGGCUCAAGAAUGGGUACUAUUUAUGUAUUCCAGGUGGAUGAUCCAGGCGGCAAACCUAUCGCUUGCCUGACGCAUCCGCAAGCCACUGCUGCAGUGCGACAUGUCGCGUUCAGCCCCGACGGGAAGAUGAUCCUGGCAGUUUGUGAUGACAGCACCGUUUGGCGGUGGGAUAUAGAGUCGUUGACGCGCUGA